AUGUCAACGGAUCAAAGUUCUACAAAUACGGCUGACGAUUAUUUGUAUACAAUAAAAAGGAUUUCUGAUGAUGUUUAUUGUAUCGUUGAAAAUGAUCAGUUCAACUGGAAUCCACUACUUUAUUUUAUUUGUACUUCUGGAAAAGCACUACUUAUUGAUACUGGUUGUGGAUCUGGUGAUUUGAAAAAUUUUUUAAUAUCUGCUGGUCUUUUGGGUAUAUCGCAGAAGUUGGUUGUUGUUAACACGCAUAAUCAUCCACAACAAACCGGUGGUGCAUAUUUGUUUUCAACAACUGGAACUUAUGGGCUAUCCAGAAAUGUAGAAUGCUUAUGUGCGUCUGAUGCUAAUCCUAAAUAUACUGAACUUCGCGAUACAAAUUUUGAUUGGCAGGUUCACUCGUAUAAGGUGACUAAAUGGUUAGCUCACAAUGAAAUGCUAACAUUGAAUGAAGAAACCGGGAAAGAAAGUUAUGUACAAAUAUUCCAUACACCUGGUCAUACACCGGAUUCGUUAUCCCUUUGGUAUCAAGACGGUAAACGGUUAUUCGUCGGUGAUCUUUUUUAUCGUACUUUUCUUUUGGUGGAAACAAUUUGUCAAUGCAAAAUAGGUUUGUUUCAUAAACAAAACUUGUUGAAGAUCAGAUACAGUAGUUCACGAAGUGAAGCAGAUGGACAGUGUCUUCCAAACUUGAAGAACUAUCAUCGGUUUCUGUUAUCUGUUGUAGCCGGUACACACUAUAAACUACCGUUGGAAGUUCCAAGUUUACACUGUAUCCGAUAUGAAACCAGAAAUAAA